GGAUGGGUACAUCUGUGGACGGAUAUAUAUAGGACGGGUUCGGUUACUCCAGUCAGAGGUAACAGAACCCUCUCUCCAGGAGAGUAAUCAGACACAGGAGAAUGAGAGGUCCUGUGUUACUACUGACACUAGCUGUCCUUGGUCAAGCUGGUAAACUUGACCUAGGCAUUUUUACCAAGUAUACAGAGACCGAUACAGGGUGUCCCUGUUGGUGGGACCUUACCAGGGAUGAUUGUGCCUGCUGUACAACAUCUGAACCUGCUGUGCAAUGCGGGUUCCCUAUGCAUAAAUAUUGUUAUAAACCAUCAAACAGAGGUUGUCCUGGUAUACCCGCAUCAAGAUGGACUCUAUCCACCAGGGGGCAUCCCUGCUACUGGAAACAGGACAGAACUGAUGAGUGUGCUUGGUGUGCUACUGGGGGAUACCAGUGUGGAACUGGUAAAAGGAGUUCUCCGCCUAGAAACCACUGCUACAAUGGUCGCAACAAGAAAUACUGUGAUGCUGUAAUAGGAGAUUGUAGACACAUUACCAACGCCUGUGACCCCAACGCAACAUGCAAAUUUUCUAAGAAAUUCGCAAGUUUUCGAAUUCAUAAAUGCGUUUGCAACCCCGGCUAUACAGGCAAUGGUGUUCAAUGUUUUGAUCAAGAUGGAAAUCUUAGUCAAGAUCCUAGUAAGAUUGUUGAGGUUGAGAUGACCCUAAACAGUGAUUUCUACGUGUAUCCUCAUGAAAGCGAGCAGUUUCCUUUCGGACCUGAGCUUGAUACACUUUUCAGUGAGAUGAAUGCCGUAGUUAACGCAUGUACAGGAGGUGACUGUACUUCAACUGUUGUAUAAUCUAAGCAAGAAUCUACGACUGAGGGCAUAGAGAAGAAUUGGUAGAUAUUAUGGAAUAGAGAACUUCAAUACUCAGUGUCCAAACUGUGAUUAGUAACUAAUAUCUAUAGCUGAAAUAUUUUAUUUAGAUUUAUAAAUAUGUGAGUUUUGGGAUUAAUUUUAAGCAAAUAAAAAAAGAAUCAAAA